AUGGACUCUUACUUGAUCCAGAUGGUGACUGGCAAGGCAGCCCUCCCCUCCGUCCUGGACGUCCAGGUCAGCCGGGCCAGCAAAGGCCCCUGCUGUGUGGCAGGCAAAGGGAGAGGUCACCGCAAGCCCCACUGGGCAGUCCGGGCCUCUGAGAUGUCCAAGCGGACCUUCAACCCCAUCCGGGCCAUUGUGGACAGCAUGAAGGUGGAGCCUCACCCGCAGAAGCCCCUCAUCUCCCUCUCCAUCGGGGACCCCACAGUCUUUGGGAACCUGCCCACGGAUGAGCAGGUCACCCAGGCCAUGAAGGAUGCCCUGGACUCGGGCAAGUGCAACGGCUAUGCUCCUUCCACAGGUUACCUUUCUUGCCGUGAGGUGGUUGCAGGCUACUACAGCUGUCCAGAAGCCCCUCUGCAAGCCCAGGAUGUGAUCCUGACCAGCGGCUGCAGCCAGGCCAUUGAACUGGCUUUGGCAGUCUUGGCCAACCCCGGGCAGAACAUUCUGGUGCCACGGCCGGGCUUCUCCCUCUACAAGACCUUGGCUCACUCUAUGGGCAUCGAGGUCAAGUUCUAUGACCUUUUGCCAGAGAAGUCCUGGGAGAGUGACCUGAAGCAGAUGGAGUCACUAGUGGAUGAGAAGACCGCCUGCUUGGUGGUCAACAACCCCUCUAAUCCCUGUGGGUCUGUCUUCUGCAAGGGCCACCUCCAGAAAAUACUAGCAGUGUGCUCCCGACAGUGCAUCCCCAUCCUGGCUGAUGAGAUUUAUGCAGAGAUGGUCUUUGAGGAAGGCAAGUCAGAGUCCCUUGCCAAGCUCAGCAGCAAUGUGCCCAUCCUCUCAUGUGGGGGUCUGGCCAAGCGAUGGCUGGUGCCAGGCUGGAGAAUGGGAUGGAUCCUCAUCCACGACCGCAGAGAGAUCUUUGGGAAAGAGAUCAGAGACGGGCUGCUGAGGCUGAGCCAGAGGAUCCUGGGUCCUUGCACCAUCGUCCAGGGAGCUCUUGCACACAUCCUGCACUGGACCUCCCCUGAAUUCUACCACAACACCCUCAGCUUCUUGAAAUCCAAUGCGGCACUCUGUUAUACUACACUUUCCACCGUCUGCGGCCUGCGUCCUGUCAAGCCCUCGGGAGCCAUGUACCUCAUGGUGGGCAUUGAAAUGGAGCACUUCCCGGAGUUUGAGAACGAUGUAGAGUUCACAGAGCGACUCAUUGCAGAGCAGUCAGUCUUCUGCCUGCCGGCCACGUGCUUUGAGUACCCCAACUUCUUCCGGGUGGUGCUCACGGUGCCAGAGGACAUGAUGGCGGAGGCCUGCCAGCGCAUCCGGCAGUUCUGCGAGCAGCACUACGAAGGCGCCCAGGACCUGGAGUGUGACAAGUAGCCAUGGGGGCCCCCAGCCUUCCCCCCCAGCCUGCUCCACUCCAUCCGUCUCUAUAAACAUGCCCAGGGCCAGCACCCCACUGUGACACCUUCUCAGACACAGAGGGAGGGAGGGAAACACUCCUUCCCUGCAGGCCCCCAUCUGCCAGCGAGGACAGAAGACGUCUGCAGGCCUCUGCAUUGGAACCCCCUCCCCCCCAAAAAAGCAGAGCUAAAGAUGGCCCCGUUCUUCUUCCGGGGGGGGCCCCUGGCCCCCCCCCCCCCCCCGCUGCCCUCCAGGGUUGCCAGGCUGCGGUGACUCUUCCCCUCCUCUGCCUGUUUGACAUAUUUGUAAGUUAUUGUAACUUUUGUAUGAAUAAACCUAGAGAAAAAACUA